UGAGCUCGUAGCGUUCGCACCAAACCCGCCUUUGCUUCCUCAUUUCUAUUUUAAUUCCACCGCGCAUUUUUUGAAUUUUGAUUUUUGAAAAUCGCAACGCAACGUCACUCCAAUUAUUUGUUCAACUCAGUGCCGAUUUUUUCUAAUUGGAAAUUGAAAAAAAUCAACGAGUUUCGAUCAUCAAUCGAUCUACAAUAGCGACACACUGUUUGUUUGUUUAGUUUUUUUUUUUUCGUUUUUAAUUUUGCAAGAGUGAAUGGUUCAAUUACUCGAUACGAAGGUGGAAGGCUUCAAUAUCGGUCAAUCAACGCGAGUUGAAAGCUGGCCGUCAGCAAUCAACCGAGUCGGUUCGUUGCCUGUUGCGGCUUCCAUCGCACCGGCCGCCGUCCAUCCGAUCAGCCAUCCAAAUAUAAUGCUAGUGACAGAUAGUGCGCUGCUCGCAGCUUCUUCCACUCCGGCCGCAUCAGCAUCAGCCGUCUGGAAAAUGACGGACCUUCCCGUUUCAACCGGCAGUUCUUCUUUGCCACUAUCGGCUCAUCCGCACCAUCAUGCGCAUCACAUUCAUCCCGUUGGCGCUUCUGCUCCGAUGGUUAAUUUGCGUGACUUGUAUGCUUCAGCGCCGUCCGGUUUGACAAGCGCAAUGUCAACGGCGUCAACGGCGGCCGCCCACCACCAGAGGCUGCUCGACUUGUCGCGCUAUUCUUCGGGCUUGAUCAGGCCGCCUUACGAUCUGGCUGGACACCACCAGCAAUUUUUGGCGGCCGCCGCGGCCGCAGCGGCCCAUCACCAUCAAGUGCAGCAUCAUCACCAUCAACAGCAACAUCAUCUUCCGACGGCGGCCAUCGGAAGCGCUGCCGCCGGUGGCCUCUCUUCUUCGGCCGUGUCGAAACUGUUGGCCGCCGCCUCGGCUUCCACCGGCCCGGCGGGUCACGGCGGUGUCAUGGGCGCUCGUCCGUCGGGCAUCAUCGGCGGCUCUAAGCCUAAAGUGGCCACACCCACAGUCGUUUCGAAAAUCGAGCAAUACAAACGUGAAAACCCGACCAUCUUCGCCUGGGAAAUCCGCGAGCGACUCAUUUCCGAAGGUGUGUGCACGAACGGAACGGCGCCGAGUGUCUCGAGCAUUAAUCGCAUCCUGCGCAAUCGUGCGGCUGAACGGGCCGCAGCCGAGUUCGCACGAGCCGCCGGUUACGGACUUUACUCGGCCGUAUCGGCGGCCGCUGCCGGCGGAGGACCGCCUUAUCCAUUCCCGUGGGCCGCUCCACUUCAUCACCAUCAUUGGGGCGCGUCCGGACCCGGUUUGACCCCGCCGACGCUCUCGCAUCCUCUCCCGGCCCCUCUCACUACCCCACCAGCAGCUGCCAGCAGUCCACGACACCUUCCUCAUCCGCACGGAAGCAGUAGCGAUAGCAUAAGCCCACGAGCUUCUCCUCAUCAUCACCAGCCUCCAUCUCAUCAUCAUCAAGGGCUCGGAUCUCUUCCGGCCGGAUUGGCCGCUUUCGCUGCGGCAGCGGCCGCAGCCGCGGCUGCCGCCCGAGAUGCGGGCGUCAAUUCUUCGGCCACUCCACAAGGAUCGGCGGCCGAUUCCGUCCAAGGCUCAGUGUCGCCGACGGGAUCUGAUCGAGCUCGUCGUUCAUCUCACGAUUCGGCCUAUGGCGGAUUACGUCGCAGUCGUAGUCGGAGCGUGAGCGGGAGCCGCAGUGGCAGUUUCAGCCGCAGCCGAAGUCGUAGCCGCAGUCCUCUGCGCCAACACUCGGCCGAGGCCGCCGCGGAAGACUCUUCCGUUCGGGCCGACAGCGUGACACCGCCUCCGUCUUCGGCCCACCUAGCCGGCCGCGGAUCGUUUCAUGGCCAUCAACAGCACGCGGACUCUUCGGCCGUUCACCAUCAGCAGGGCAAAUUCCGACGCAAUCGCACCACGUUCAAUUCGGGCCAAUUGCGCGAACUGGAGAAGGAAUUCGAAAAGACGCACUAUCCUUGCGUGGCCACGCGCGAACGGCUGGCCAGCCAGACGCAACUGUCCGAAGCCCGAGUCCAGGUUUGGUUUUCUAACAGACGAGCCAAGUGGAGACGCCACCAGCGGAUGAACCUGGUGCAGCCAUCGCAGCAUCCGCCAGGGUCGUCGUCGGCGGCGGGCCAAGCGCUGGAGCCGGGCCAACAGGGCGGCCAGCAUCCGCCUCAGCGUCGCCAGUCGCAACAGGUGCCGGAGGAGGAGGACAGCAGGUCGACAACGGCGGCCAACGUCCACCAGCAUCAUCGGCAGCACCGACCAGCAGCAGCAGCAGCAGCAGCAGCGCAUCGGCACCUCUUUGGCAUCCGUGGGCAGCGGCAGCCUACGCCCGCCUCCAUCCCAGCUGGAUCGCCAAUCAGCACCAGCAAGCGCAGCAGCUGUUCGCCGCGGCUGCGGCAGCAGCGGCCGCCGCCGGACGAGACAUCCGCCGAUUGCACAACAAAUGAACGGACGGACGGUCGAUUGCGUGACGAUUAUUGUUCGGACGGCCAUAGCGACGAGGUCGAUUGCAGCGACAGCGAGCAAGAGAGUGACAUCAGCGUCGUCAGUCAUCAUCGAGAAGAAGAAGAAGAAGACCAACAAGAGGAGGCCCUCGAUUUGAAAAAGACCAGGAGCAGUUCGCCAUCAACGGCAGUAGCGGCUACAGUAUCCGGCCGAUGAUAAAUGUUGACGUGUGUAUGUUGACGGAGUAGCCUGAAAUUUUGUUAUUUUUUUUUUUUUUGAUUUUAUGACGGUCCUUGUGUUGUGCUCCCUUUUGGUCGUCCCCUGCUCGUCAUCGGCUUGCCGCCCCUCUUUUUUUGGGAGAGAUAAAUCC